GGAGGCACCGCUGUGCUCUGCUGCCUUGGGCCCGCCACCUCUGCUCAGAGCGCAGCGAUGCGUAGAGGUGCCGCGCUGGCCGGGGGCUGCCACUGCCCAGCCGAACCAUGAAGCUCCGCAGCAGGACGGCUGUGCUGCUUCUGCUCGCACUGUCAGCGCUGCUGCUCGUGCUGCUGACCCUGCGCACUGGCCGCACCGAACCCCCAGCGCCUCCUGUGCGUCUGGCGUUUGCCCCUCAGCGCCUUCCCCCUCGGGCCCCUGCGCGCAUCCUUAGCCAAGGCACCUUUACCGGCGCCAGGCAAAGCGCUCAGAGGCGCAGACUACUGCGUCCGCGCCCCAGAACCGGCAGCCGGGGCGCCGCGAGCCUGGAAAAGUUGGCGAGGAGGCCUGGAGAACCCAGGAGUUUUCAUGCUGUGCUGCCACCCAAGCUCUGGAUCCACCUGGCUGUGGUGGCCUGUGGCAGUCGGUUAGAGGAGACGCUGGUCAUGCUGAAAUCAGCUGUGCUUUUUAGCCACAGGAAGAUGCAAUUCCACAUUUUCACAGAAGAAUCACUGAAGUCUGAGUUUGAUAAGCAGUUACGCCAAUGGCCUGAUUCAUAUACAAAGAAGUUUGAACACAGAAUCUACCCCAUCACAUUUUCAGUGGGAAACUCUCAAGAAUGGAAGAAAUUAUUCAAACCCUGUGCUGCCCAGAGACUCUUUCUUCCGGUGAUUUUAAAGGAUGUGGACUCACUUCUUUAUGUGGACACUGACGUUCUCUUUCUGAGACCUGUUGAUGACAUCUGGAAAUUUCUGAGGCAGUUUAAUUCUACCCAGCUUGCAGCCAUGGCCCCAGAGCAUGAAAUCCCCAAAAUUGGCUGGUACAGCCGCUUUGCUCAACACCCUUUCUAUGGCUCUACAGGAAUUAAUUCGGGAGUCAUGCUAAUGAAUUUAACUCGCAUGAGAACUGCCCAGUUCAAGAACAGCGUGAUUCCAACGGGCUUAGCUUGGGAGGACAUGUUGUAUCCUCUGUACCAGAAGUACAAGAAUGUCAUCACGUGGGGAGACCAGGAUUUAUUAAAUAUUAUUUUUUACUUCAAUCCAGAGUGUCUCUAUGUGUUCCCCUGCCAGUGGAACUACCGUCCUGAUCACUGCAUGUAUGGAAGCAACUGCAGAGGGGCUGAGCUUGAAGGUGUAUCUGUUCUGCAUGGGAACCGAGGUGUCUAUCAUGAUGAUAAGCAGCCGACUUUCAAAGCACUCUAUGAAGCAAUACGGGAUUUUCCCUUUCAAGAUAAUCUCUUUCAAUCCAUUUAUUACCCUCUUCAGCUAAAGUUUUUGGAAACUGUGCACACUUUAUGUGGACGAAUCCCACAAGUUUUUCUGAAGCAAAUUGAGAAAACAAUGAAAAGGGCUUAUGAGAAGCACGUCAUCAUCCAUGUUGGUUCCAACCAGAUGUACUGAAUGUUUCAUCUUAUUGCAAGUCAAUUAGGCAUCUCAUGAAUGAGGAAAUAGACAUUUUCAAGCUGCCUGCAUCUUCUUUGUGUGAAUAUUUAAUGGUGCUCCAUGAAAACUGAGUUUUAAAAGCCUUGUCAAAUAUUACUAAAUUAGUUGCUCCUAUAAGUAAAUAUGCUUUUGUGUUUUCUAAAUGUUAUUUAUCUUUGUCAUAUAUAUAUAUAUAAUUACUCAUUUGUCAUUGUUCAAGCUGGUUGAGCUAGCUGUGAAAAGAAACUUUUGUCAGUUUUCCAAUUUCUGUUCAAUGUCUGAGACAAUAUCAGUGGCAAUUGUGAUAUAUUUAUAUUAUAUUCCUUCAACUCUUUCUAACCAGUUGGCUUCCCUGUACCUGUGUAAUCAAAAUAAUGCAUGCUUGUUGUAAAACAAAUUUUAAAAAUUUAUCAAGAAUAUGGUUCACUGAACCAAAAUCAAAAUUAGAUUAGCCAUAAUCCUACUGACCAGUGAAAAAGAUUGUUAUUUUAAUAUAGUUUAUUCUAGGUUUUUUCCCUAUUUCUAGAUUUACUUGCUUGUUGUCUUUUCCACUCUGACACAUAUCUAAAAUAGGUAGUUUGAGUUAAAACUGCCCCCUAUACUGAGAUUUUUACAUAGGAGACUAACAAGUUAGACAAAAUGAUUAUGUUUACAGUAUUUUAUUUAAAACACAUCCAGAGAAGCAUUUGGGUUUCAGCUAAAUGGGCAGUGUUAAAGAAUGAAGCAUAUCUGAGAGUGUUUCUCUAAAAAAACUUGUUUAGAUUUGUAGAAGACUAAAUCAUAAGUAUUCCAAGUCAUGAAAGAUAAGGACCUACAUCCAAGAUUGCUCUAUCCAGCAAAGCUUUCACUUAGAAUGGAAGGACAGAUAAAGUGCUUCUCAGAUAAGGUCAAGUUGAAGGAGUUCAUCAUCACCAAGUCCUUAUUUUAUGAAAUGUUAAAGUGACUUAUGUAAGAAAAAGAAUAUAAAAAAACAUAUAUACUAAAAUGACAGCAAACUCGCAAUUACUAACGACCACACCUAAAAUAAAAAUAAACUAAGGAAACAACUAGAACAGAAACAGAACCAUAGAAACGGAGAUCACAUGAAGGGUUAGCAACAGGGGAUUGGGAAGAGGAGUGGGGGAAAAGUACAGAGAAUAAAUAGCAUAGAUGGCAGGCAGAAAAUAGAGAGGGGAGGGUAAGAAUAGUAUGGGAAAUGUAAAAGCUAAAGAA